CUUGCGGGAAAAGAACUCUAAACUCAAAUUCGACCGUCUAUUUCAGCACAGUCGCGUCAGUCUACUGCCUUAUUUGUUGAUUCGUUGUUCAAUGUUGGUUUUCACGGGGAUGGUCCUCUUGGCCAUUACCGCUGAGGUUGGUGCGCGCCCUAACAUUCUGCCAAACGGUGAAGUGCUACAAGUUGAAGACGAGUUUGCGGCGGUGCGCAAUAGUGCGGAUCCAAUGUUACGGCGGAAGAAAUACAUGCUGAAGAAUAAGGAGAAAUUGUGGGGAGGAGCAGUUGUCACUUUCAAAAUGCGAGAUCUCAUGUGGAUCUCCGCUCAACACCCGUAUCGAACAGUGCACGACGCUAUGCGCGACAUCAUGCAAAAAACCUGCGUUCGAUUUAAAGAGAGGAGUGGGGAAGCAGACUACGUGUACAUCGAGUACGAAUUUUCUCAAGCAUCCUCUCAUUCAGAUCUCGGGAGAAAAGGCGGCAUGCAAGUUUUAAAUAUUCACGGUGGAGCUUUUGACAAGAGAACGGUCCUGCAUGAGUUGGGGCAUGUCUUGGGUUUGGAGGAUGAGCAUUCACGACCGGAUCGUGACCACUACAUCAAGGUUAUAAAGGCCAACCUUGCAGGGGGAACAUCUGAGGUCUUCGAGCUUGUCGACAGAGAGAAAACGAAUUUAUUGGGAGAGCCUUUUGAUUAUAAGUCUAUUAUGAUGUACCAUGAUACAGCCUACUCCAGUGAUCCUAAAAAUUUAAAAACUCUGGUGUCAAAAACGGAACAUCGUGUGCCUACUGAACCGACUACGCAACUGUCUCCUGGUGACAUUAGAAGAAUCAACGACCUUUACCGGUGCGAGGGAAUAGAUCAAAAGCCAAAAUUCCCAUUUGAUGUUGCUUGUUCCUUUGACGAUAAUAGCUGCGGCUUCAAAGGGCUGCGCCGCUUUGAACGUCGUCAACGUGUUUGGGAGAGGAAAAAGAAACCAUAUCCAGGUUUUUCAACAACAGAGCCCGAUGGAGGAUACCUGAUUUGGUCUGUAAACCCUGUUAAAAAACUAACGACUGAGGAUCAUAUUUGGAGCGUCGGUUUCUAUGGAACAAGGCCUCACCACAGCAUCCGCGGCCAAGAGGGAUGUGUCAAAUUCAAGUACUCAUUCAAUACUGGCGGGAAGGGACGCCACACGCUCAAGGUUAGCAGAUAA